AGCCGGGCAGUGAAGACCGGAGGGAGUCGGCGGGAUCUGAUGACGCCUACCGCCGUCCCCGGCGAACAGUGAUGAUGUCAUCAGGGCCAGCCCCGUCCCCCCCGCCCCUCGCGACCCAUUUCCGAGCGGCGCUGGAGCAUGAGGGUCUUUUUGAGGCGGUUUGGAUUCUCAGGGAGACUUCUCAAAGCGGAAAGCCGUAAGCUAACUGGAUCCGAGUCGCUGGGUUGGCUUGCUGGGACGUCAUGGCCACAGCAGCUUAGAGAAGCGCCUGGCAUUGUCUUGUCGGAUCCGAGACAACGGUUCUGCACCAUGCCAGAGAUGGAAACCACCGAGAAAGACUCCGAAUUGUUUGCUCCACCGCCUGAGGUUCGAGGAAUGACAAACCUUGACAGGUCAGCCUUUAAAAAGACAGUCGCUGUACCAGUGCUUAAGGUGAAGAAAGAAAUAGUCAACAGAUUGAUGAGAGCCCUGAAGAGGGUCGCACUGCAGCGGCCAGGCGUCAAGCGGGUGAUCGAGGACCCAGCAGAUGGCGAGAGUAGGUUGGUCCUGCUGGAUCCUCGCAAGGUGCUUGGCCACGACUCCUUUGAGAAGGCAGAACUCAGUGUUUUGAAGCAGCUAAACGUCCAUCCUCAGAUAGCGGAGUAUAAUUUGGAACUCACUUACGAAAACUUUAAGUCGGAAGAAAUCUUGAGAGCCGUGCUUCCCGAGGGUCAGGAUGUGACUUCCAGCUUCAGCAGAGUGGGACACAUCGCCCACCUGAACCUCCGCGACCAUCAGCUGCCCUUCAAGCAUUUAAUCGGCCAAGUUAUGAUUGACAAAAAUCCAGGAAUCACUUCAGCAGUAAAUAAAAUCAAUAAUAUUGACAAUACAUACAGAAAUUUCCAAAUGGAAGUGCUGUCAGGAGAGGAGAACAUGAUGGCCAAGGUUCGAGAAAACAACUACACCUAUGAAUUUGAUUUUUCAAAAGUCUACUGGAACCCUCGGCUCUCCACGGAGCACAGCCGCAUCACAGACCUCCUCCACCCCGGGGACGUCCUCUUUGAUGUUUUUGCUGGAGUUGGGCCCUUUGCCAUUCCAGCGGCGAAGAAAAACUGCACCGUGUUUGCCAAUGAUCUCAAUCCUGAAUCCCACAAAUGGCUGUUGCACAACUGUAAAUUAAAUAAAGUGGACCACAAGGUGAAAAUCUUCAACCUGGAUGGGAAAGACUUCCUUCAAGGACCGGUCAGAGCGGAGUUAAUGCAGCAGCUGGAGCCGGCCACGGAAAGGAAACACGCCGUGCACAUCGUCAUGAAUCUGCCGGCCAGGGCCAUCGAGUUCCUCAGUGCCUUCCGGCUGCUGCUGGACGGGCGGCCGUGCAGCCGCGAGCUGCUUCCCGUGGUGCACUGUUACAGCUUCUCCAGAGAGGCGCGCCCCGCGGAGGACGUGCGGCGGCGGGCGGCCGCGGCGCUGGGCAGCUCCCUGGAGGCGGCCAGUUCGGUUCACCUGGUGAGAAACGUGGCCCCCAACAAGGAGAUGCUCUGCAUCAGCUUCCGGCUCCCCGCGGCCGUGCUCUACAGGCCCCGGGCCGCAAAUCCAGAGAAUCAGGACGACCCGCCUGUCAAACGGCGGAGGACAGAUGAAGCCUUUCCAGAAGGAGCAGCACUUAGCUAGCAGCGCUCUGUCCGGCUCUCCCAGACGCUUACACAGCCAGACUCGAUUUGUGGGAGUUCAUAAAACACUCACUUAUGUUACUAUUUAACCCUUAUAUUUUGUCCUGUCUUAUAAACAAGAUUAUCAAAUUAAAAUUUAACCAAGUCUAUGAAAUCUAAUAUCUAAAUUAUAAUGCAUAAUUGUAAUUUCAUGAGCUACAUUAUCAUUUUUAUUAGGUAACUGUAUGUAAUUAUUUGUCAGUCUGGGGAAAUUGUUUUGAAGGUUGGAUAGUCGGAGGCUAACUCAAAAGGCACUGAUAGGACUUUCUUGGUUAGCUUUAGUUGAAGAGUGUAGCUAAAUUGUAUAUAACUUUUCUACCACCUGUUAACUCUCAGUGUGAACGUAAUAAAAAAUGAAAUUACCA